GGGCUCAAGAGGGCUCUGUUUCCCUUAAAGGAGCCUCUCCCAGCACUGGGCAAAGCACAACACUACAGUGCUGUCGUGGCAACAGUUGCCUCCACGUAGUGCCCAGGAUACUGUGCAAAAGGCACAGCAAGGGAACCAGCCAAUCAACCAAUCCCUUUUCUUUCCUCUUUGAGUGGCUUCCCUUGGGCAAGUCUGGAUUCCUAGAAAGAUCACUGAGUUGCAAAGGAAGGGGCGAUGAGAUCCCACCCCCUUUCUGAAUUUCCACUCGGAGCAUCAGCUGCUGGGAGGAAGGCUUCUAGGUAGGUGGGCAAACAGGGAGGAGCUACCUUCAAAAGCCAGGAAUACUACAUCCUGCCUAUCUAUCCUCCAUCUGACAGGAAACAGAGAUUUUGUAAAGCCAACAGAACCAGUGCUGACCUGACAAUGGAAAUGGAUGGACAUCAAGCAGAUGGGGUGGCCCUCAGAUCCCAAACAAAAUUGGUGCCAAAACUGGAAGUGAAGAUGGAGGAUCCAGAGCCAGCAGCAGGACAGCAGGCAGAAGAAGUCCCUCCAGUUAUCCAAGCUGCAGCUUUUAAGGCAUUCUUCGGGGGAAAUGUGCAAGUUAAAGAGGAAGUAAAGGAGGACCUGCCAGAUCAAUGGGACGCCCAGCUGCAGGAGUUUGUGAGGAGACUCGGGAACAACCCACAGCUGCUGCGGCCCAUGUCAAGGAAUGAUUCGAAAGCCUUUCUUGCCCCCUUUGAGGGCCCAGGUGACACCAGCCAGCUGCCUAGACAAGAAGGUGUGAUCCAAGGAGCAGGCUUCAGUAGAGAAUCUCUACUGGUCAACAGCAUCCCAUUGGAUAAAAUCAAGACAGAAGAUGGCAUGGAAGGGAAGGAAGAGAAGCUAGAUGAAGAGAUCCAAGGAGCAGGCCUCAGUAGAGAAUCUCCACUGGUCAACAGCAUCCCAUUGGAUAAAAUCAAGACAGAAGAUGGCAUGGAAGGGAAGGAAGAGGAGCUAGAUGAAGAGAUCCAAGGAGCAGGCCUCAGUAGAGAAUCUCCACUGGUCAACAGCAUCCCAUUGGAUAAAAUCAAGACAGAAGAUGGCAUGGAAGGGAAGGAAGAGAAGCUAGAUGAAGAGAUCCAAGGAGCAGGCCUCAGUAGAGAAUCUCCACUGGUCAACAGCAUCCCAUUGGAUAAAAUCAAGACAGAAGAUGGCAUGGAAGGGAAGGAAGAGAAGCUAGAUGAAGAGACAGCCAGUUGGGACAUACAAUGCCAACGCUUCAGACGCUUCUGCUAUGAUGAAGGAGAAGGGCCUGUGGAAGUUUGUGUUCGACUCCAGGAGCUUUGUCUUCAGUGGCUAAAGCCAGAGAGACACACCAAGGAGCAGAUUCUGGAGCUGGUAAUCCUGGAGCAGUUUUUGGCCAUUUUGCCUCAGAAAAUGCAGAGUUGGGUCAGAGGAAGUGGUCCAGAGAACUGUGCCCAGGCGGUGGUCUUGGUGGAAGAUUUCCUGUGCAGGCAUCAAGAGGACAAGAUGCAAGAAGAACAGAUUUCAGGAGCAGUGAAGGAAGAGGCCGUGGAAUUCCCCAAGCCAGGAAGGGCUCCACUGAACACCUGGUGGAAGCCGAACUUGAAGAUCAAACAGGAAGAUGGUGGAAAAUCCACUUCACUGGCAGAUGGCAAGAGUUUGUGUGAGAAAGGAAACACACACUCAGAAAAUUCCAGGGGAAAGCAACCAGGUGGAAUGACAUUGGGAGAAGAAUGGAAAGUUUCCCAUGGUCCUGACCCAGGACAUGCCUCUGAGACUCAGAAGGGAAACCAGCCUGAAAAAAAGCAGGGGAAAUCCAUUCACUCUCAAGGAGACAACAAGAGACUUGGUGAAAACACAGACCUACAAGGCAUUCGCAAAGGUGCGAAAGAAAACAUAUGCUUUCAAUGCGGGAAAGUAUAUAAAAGGAGAUACGAACUUACUAUACAUGAGAGAAGCCAUACUGGAGAGAGACCAUAUGAAUGUUCAGAAUGCGGGAAAAGCUUCAGCUCCAAAGAACGUCUGAGAAGGCAUGAGACCAUUCAUACUGGAGAGUGGCGACACAAAUGCACAGAUUGUGGGAAAGGCUUCAGCCACAAGACCCGCCUUAUCACACAUCAAAGAAACCACACUGGUGAGAGGCCGUAUUCAUGCUUCAAGUGUGGGAAGAGCUUCAGCGACCCCGACAACUGCCGCAAACACGAGAGAAUCCACUCGGCAGAGAAGCCGUACAAAUGCUUUGACUGUGGGAAAGGAUUCCAUCGCAACACACACCUUAAAGAGCACAAGAGGAUCCACACAAAGGAAAGACCAUUUCAUUGCUCUGAUUGCGGCAAGAGAUACAGCUACAAAUCGUACCUUCACUUACACGGGCGAAUCCAUACUGGAGAGAAGCCGCAUCAGUGUGGAGGAUGCGAGAAGUCCUUUAGUCAGCUUUCCAGUCUCUAUGUUCAUAAGAGAACCCAUACAGAAGACAAACCAUUUAAAUGCUCCCAGUGUGGGAAAAGCUAUGGGGAGAAGCGACAGUUGCUUAGUCAUCAGAGAAUCCAUCCAGAAAAUAAGCCGUAGAUGUACUGAAAGCUUCAACUGCCGAUUCUUACCCACACACGAAAACUCACAACACAUCUGGAAAUGGGCAAUAUAUGCAGAUUGGACUGAUACAAGGUCAUAUAAAGUACUCUUGAGAGAUCCAGAUUCAAAUUCCUGCUCAGACAUGAAGCUAAUUGAGUGACAUUUGGGCCAGUGAUUUCCCCUCAGCCUAAGCUGCCUAGCAGAGUGGUUGUGAGGAUAAACUGGUGAGAUUGUGUAUGCUGUUCUGAGAAGGGUGGGAUAAAAACAUAAAUGAGUAAAUCGCCCAGAGCAUAAUCAGUGUAAAAAUAAUUCAUAAAAGGCUAGGAAACUUUUAUUCCUGAAAAACCUACAGACCAGGUGAAACUUGUUCAGGGAACAAAGAAAAGGAGUGAUUUCCUCCAAAUAUGGCGAUCUCACGGGUUCUCAGACUUGGGUCCCCAGAUGUUGUUGGACUACAACUCCCAUAAUCCCCAGCCACAAUUAAAGGCCAUUGUGGCUGGGGGUGAUGGGGAUUGUAGUCCAACAAAAUCUGGGGACCAGUGAGCCCUAUAAUUUUUUUCAUCCGUGAGUGGAAUGAGUUUUGUUCUGGGUGACAGUAUCAAGGCAGUGUGUGCACAAGUACAUUAUGCGCCACUAUAGAUAACACACACACUAAAUAUGGAAGGAAAGAAGUGUAUAUCAUAACUUUAUUCUAUUCAGAACAAAUUCCUUCUCCCCCCAUCAUGGUGUUUUCAGCAGAGGAAUGCGUUUGACCAAGGUCUAAGAUGUCUUUGUAUUUGUCCACUAGCUUGCAAACGUUCUCCGUUCCAUACCCAUAAUUGAUCUGCACUCUCAUCUUCUGGAUUUUUGCUCUUGCUAGCUGUACACCUUCCACCGUUGUUAGCUUUUCUAGAAACAUUUAGACAGCUCAGCUAAUUUAUAUAAGACAUCAUUCAGUGCUGCAAGAGUGAUGUGAUAAUUGAGAUCAGAGAGCUUUGUCCAGCAGUACUUUGGAAAUGGGUCGUUAUCUCCGGAGACUUGAUGUUCAAAGUAUGUCAGAGAAGUCUCGUAAUUGCGCAUCAAGGCAUUUACAGCGAAAUGUCUGGAAAGCCACUUCACCUCAUGCAGAUAUUUAAAUGAUACCGGAGAACCCCGUUUUUCGCAGAGAUUCUGUUCGGCAGGUGUGUGUGUGCAGAAGAAUGAAUACAUGCCCCUUAACUGUGUUUGUAUUUUCUUCAUCAUUGGUACUUUCCUCGAUGUGUCAACCAAUCCAAAUCUUCAUAAUGAGCCACACGGUGCUUUUCCACUAAAUGUGGAAUCCACUGCUUCAGUCUUGUGCCAACAGCAUUGUUUUUCACUAGCAUAACAGAAGUACCAUAUGAAGUAAACAUCACCAUUUUCAUCAUGUCCAGCCUAUUCAGAGUAUGAAAAUCUUUUACAGCAGCUGUAAUAGCUUCCGCAUAACAAGCCGUCAGGUCAACAAUCCCACCAAAAACUGGCUGGUGCACUGCAGCAGAAUUUGCAUCUCUGAACUUGAAGUACAAAAUAAACUCUUUGGUAACAUAAAUAUCUGUGCCUUCAUCAAGUAAUAAGGGGGUGAUAGAAAGACCCAUGGAUCCCUGACAUGACCUCUGCAUGGACAACAACACUGAUUGGCUCCCAAAACUCAAAAGCAUAAUUUUUGCUGUGCCAUCUCACUGGUAUCUGCAUAUACUUUCCAAUGUGAGCAUAUACAGUUUGCACAGCGUUCACAGAGGAGGAGUUCAUCUGUACUGCAAGCAGAACAUUGUCUAUAAGAAGUUUAAUUUCUUCUGGCUUUGAGCAUUUUCUUUCCAUCAUUUCCGGUUUCUUCUCUCUGUCCAUCUUGGCUUGUGAAAGCAUGUUUUUCAAGCUAGAUUUAGCGAAGUUCCUGCUCCUAAGGAUUUGUACAGCAGAGUCAUGACUUUGGGGUGACAAGUGGCUCUUCAGAUAGUCCAGCUUUUACCCCUCUUCCCAUUUCUUGCCAGUAGAGAAGUCACAGGAUAUUUGGGCUUCAGCACAUAUUUUGCAAACCAAGCCUGUAUCUUCAUUGUGGUGGAAUAUUUCCCUCAGCUUUACAUGAACCUACCUUUAGAUUUGUGGAAAUCUGUUUCAUCAAGCCACUCUUUUUUGAACAAGAGACAGCAUUUCUUAAGUUUUGGCCCUUUGCUAGGUGAUGCCAUUGGCUUGUGUUUAGGCAUGGCUGUUAAAAAA